AUGGCUCCAUCCGCUCGGCCCGGUCUUCUAUGGGAUACCCGUCCCUUUAAUCAAGGGCCUCUUUGGGAAUACGAGCCCGUACUCGAAGAUGUUGCUGCACUCUGUCGGGAAAAGCUGAACGUCCGUCCAGAUGAGUGCGACAUUUCUUUCCUAGGCGAAGGUUGUAACAACAAAGUCUAUCUUGUCGAAAUCAACGACGAGAAGAAGUACGUCAUGAGGGUCUCGCUCGCUGUUGAUCCCAAGUACAAGACAGCAGGCGAGGUCUCCACUAUCGAGUGGCUCCAGCUUCAUACUAAGGUGCCUGUGCCCAAGGUCAUCAGCUUCAAUGAUUCCAACAAGAACAGCAUCGGGUUCGAAUGGAUUCUGAUGGACUAUAUGCCAGAGCAGUCUGCCUUCUAUAGGUGGCGCAAAAUGUCAAUGGAUGAGAAGAUCACUGUUACCAAGGAUGUCGCAGACUGCCUUAUGGAUAUGGUCACGAAGUCGAAUUUCAACGGCAUCGGCACUCUGCAAGGGCCAGCACCUCACCGCCCGGGUCGCAUCGUCGACAUGGACCUUUGCUACAACGAUCACUACAACCUUGAUAUCCCGCGACUAUUUCCUGACCCUCAUCGAGAUAACCAUCCCGGAUUGGGACGCUGA